UAUGUGUGAUUGUUGUAGGCAAGAGCAAUUUUUCCGGUGAGCUACGUUUAUAUAAAGCCGGCGCCACUGCAGGUUCCAGCACGCGCCUAUCAGAGCCCGCAUCGACAAGUUCGAGGCAAUCAUGCUGGCGCAGCCCCAGGAAGUCAAUAUAUCGUUCUACGAUGCGUACUACACCUGGGGCGACGUCCUCGCUGUUCCUGGGCCGUCAGCUUACGACGAAGUUCCGGGAAGAGACUUUACUGUGCGACUGUCGAAGCUCAUCAACGACACGGAAGUGAACUACCGCAGCCCGACGCUGAACCACACGUACGCCUUCUCGGGCGAGUACUACCUCACGGCGGCCCUGCAGCGUCGGGCGCACCGCGCCAUCGAACGAGUCAGCGUUACCAAGGUCACCGUCGUCGACGAGGCCCACUCGUGCAGGCCUCGGCUUCAAGUGGACGGCCUGGGCCCAUGCGGACGUCCGCUCGCGGUGAGCGCCCAGCGCCCUGCGCGCGUCUGGGUGCGCUCGCGAGUGUCCGAGCACUGCAGCCGGCCCCUGGUGUCGCGCACCGACGUGCAGUUCGUGGUGCUCUACGCUGGCGGACAGGGUCGAACGCCGCUGGUCCAAUGCAGCGGCAGCACGGGUCCCCCCGAAUCAUGUGCGCAAGGGAACUCGUCGUCCGAUUGCACCUACAAGGUCACCGUCAACGAGGGUUGCCUCCGCCAGGGCGAGACGGCGAAGGUGGUGCUUCGACAGAUGUGGCGCGGCAAGACAGACGUGCUGAUCGAGGCUCUGGCCGUCGGCUACCUGACAGCGAGAAACGCCGUCGUGCACGCCUCCAUCGACGGCGCGCCGGUGGUCUUCCUCUCAGACGUCGAGACGCUCGUCCUGAACGGCAGCGGUUCUCGACACCUCGAAAAGCCCGGUCGAGCACUGACCUUUAGUUGGAGCUGCGACCAAUGCGACAAGAACGAAUCCUUGUACCAAGCAUUCGCCAGGAAGCCGCUGGACCAGCAGGUUAUCGAGAUCACGGACGACCUGCAGUAUGGCUUGACUAAAAGACUCGACUUCGUGCUUCGCGUGAGCAGCGAUAGCCACAGCGACAGCGCCACAAUCAGCGUGCACGUUCCCGGAGAUCAGGACGACCAGAUGGCGCUGUCCUGCCCUUGCUGCGAGUUCGGCGUUUUGAGCAGCGAGGACCUGGUGGUGGAGGCGCGGCCACAGCGCACCAAGGUGUGGGGCACGCGCUACCCUCUGGUCACGUGGCGAAUAAGCGGCCCCAUGGCUCAAGACGCAGGCGCGUACAACGUGCCACCCGGCUGUCUCGCCGAGCAGCGUGGGGCCGUGCUGCUGCUGCCGGCUGGGAACGUCACCAGGGCCGGACCGUACAGGAUCACCGCGAGCGCUUGGAACCAGAGGCCCUUCGCAGACGUCCAUUUCGUUCUCACGCACGAGCUUUUCCAGGGCCAGGGUUUGAGAGAGCAGAGUGACUUCCCACCGACGAAAGGUCACUGCCAGGUGACUCCGAAGAAAGGCAUAGCCGUGAAGACCACCUUCCACGUCGGUUGCACAGGUUUCGCCGAUCCCGAGGGAGGGACCCUCAGCUACGGUUUCUACUUCUGCAGUCACGCACCGGACAGGCUCAAGGACUUGGAGGGCGGACGGCCAAAGCCGUGGCAUUCGUGCACGCACAUAAAAUCUAGCCUCGACGACGGCACCUUUACCGGUGUCCUGCCGGCUGGGAACUCGACGGCGGCCGCCACCGACUGCUCUGUGGUUGUGUUCGUCAACGACAACGUUGGGCAGUACGUUUACGACCUGGUAGCAGUGACCGUUGAAAUCGGCUCUUGCAGCGACAUCACGCUGGAGACCGUCGACGACUACGCUAGGCAAAGCCAGCAGAACAGCUCUGACGCCAUACUAUCGUACAUCAAGAGCUCUGCAAUGUUGCUCAACUCGGAGUUUUACAAACAAUGCGACCGUCAUGGCACCACUGGGGGCAAUUCGAGCCGCGACGCUGACGUCCUGGAUGACUACAUCGGCUACCUGAAGAACAGCACCGUGACCACCUGA